AUGCCGCUCAUCAACGGCCAGAAGAUGGCUUGCGAGCCAUGCAUCCGUGGUCAUCGCUCCACCAAAUGCACCCAUGCGAAUGAACGCUUGAUGGUCCCCGUUCGAAAGCCCGGCAGACCUUUGAGCACAUGUCCUCACCCGCCCUCCCGCGGAUGCGGCUGUGGUAGUGUGACGGCCGCCAUCCCGAGAAAGCAGAAAUGUGGCUGCGGCUCCAGCAACGCCGGAACCCCCGCAGAAUCACCCAGUGUCGUCAAGGCAGAAUCGCCGGCGAGCGAUGUCCCGCCAAUGUCCCCGACAAAGGCAUCCGCCGCCUCCUUUCGCAUACAAAAAUCAGCCCCCAAGGCGGCUAGUCGCAAGCAGUCGUUCGACCCCGUGAAUCUCGAGAGGAUGGAUGCCACCAAUAUCAACAUAUUGCCGCCGUACGACAUGGCCCAAGCGAAUCACAUGCCACACGCCAAUGGUGGCAUGCCAAGCAUGCCCACACCGAGGAAUGGGAUGGAGUACGGCGAUGCCUGCGCCCAUGUUUCCUCCGGGAGCCGCUAUGUCGAUAUCUCAGCCAAAUACCGUAUCAUCAACCGUCAACACCUCACAGACUACGACAACGCCCACUCCGAUGACGGCGUCGAAUGGGGGAUCUUGCUGCUCAGGAAAGACAAACGGGACGCCGAAGCCUGCCCCUCCGCCAUCGCUGACGAGCACCAGCACGGGUGGCUCAUGUUGCUCAGGGCCGAGCAAAGCCGAGGGGAGCUCUACACAGCCUUCUAG